AUGUCAAUAGAAGACAGAAAUCUUUUAAAUAUACCCUCAACUUCAUCCUCGUCAAGAUUAAUAAACUUUAAUAAUAAUAAUAAUAAUAACAAUAGUUUUAGUAACAUUAAUACAAGUAAUAAUAUAAAUAAUAUAAUAAGAAAAGAUACUAUGCUGGCAUCAUCACUGGGUAGUACAAUUACAAAUGGAAACCCAUCAUCACCGAAUCAAAACAAUGAUGAUUCAAUAUUAAGUAAUAAUAGCUCAACCAAUACAAACAAUAACCCAAUAAAUAAUAAUGAAUCAAAUCAAACUUUAACACCAAAUAAAGGAUUUUUAACACCAAAUACACAAACACAGCCUAAAACACCAAAAACUAUGAGAUUUGAAGUAAACUUAAAGAGCAUGAAGGGUGAAGUUGACUAUAAACAAUUGGUAAAGAAUUACAUUCAAGAUCAAAACAAAGAGAAAAUUAGUAGUAGUUUUUAUGGUGCAGCCCCAAGUAAUGAUUAUAGAGAGAAUUUUGAAAUAGAAAAAGAACUAAACACAUUAACAAAUCCAAAGAAUAGAUUGACUGAAGUAAUCGAUAAGAUUGAAAGAAUUAAUACGUUAGGUUCCAAUAUUAACUAUAUGGAGGAUGGGGAAAAUAGUGAGGAUCAAUAUGACGAAGAUGACUCAUUCAUCGAUGACAGUCAAAUUAUAGAUUUCGAUGAUGAAUUAGAAACAAAUUAUGGUGGUUUCUUUGUUAAUCAAGGUGAGGUCGAACAUAAAGAAAGAACGUUUAUAGACUAUGAGGACGAUGAUGAUUAUGAAAUCGAAAUGAUGGCAAAUGGAAGAGGUAGCUCUAGCAACAAACAUGUGAAUGGUAUGAUUGGUAUUGAUAAAGCAGGAGCCGGUAUUUCAUCAACAACAGCAGUAGCAGCACCAUCAAUCUCAUCAGCAACAACAACAACAGCAACUGUAAAGAAAAGAAAGUUUGCUGACGAUCAAUCUUCAGCCAACAAGAAACAUAAAAUUGUACUUUUAGAUCCAUCAUCACCAGAAAUUGAAAGUUUACUUGCGAAAUUGGAAGAAGAGAUCAAAAUGUUCCAAAAAGAAAAUUUAGAUUUAAAACUUUUACCAAAGAAAGAAGCUCCACUUUUAGCCAAACUAUAUGAAAAACUUAGAAGAACAAAUACAGCUGGUUAUAUUCCAAGUUCAAUUUUAAAUAGACUUUCAACACUUUGGGGUAUCAAAGAAAAAACUAUUAAGGUUCACUUAAAGAAAGCAUGGGAAGAUAAUGGCCAAAAAACUCAAACCAAAUCAAUUAAAUCAAUCGACAAAUUGAAUGAACUAAUGAUAACAUUCAAGAACUCAGUGGAAAAAGAAUUUGCUGAUCAAGUUUUUUCAAAUAAUAAUAAAGCAAUCACCGUUAGUAUCGAAGGUGUGGAGAAGCCACUGGAAUAUACCUGGAGUAGAGAUUCAAGAGAGAGAGUUUUCGAAAUUGUAAAAUUAAAUAAAGAAAUUAUCGAUUUAAAAAACUCUACCGAAGUUAUUGACGCCGAAAAAACUGGUAGACCACCUGUACUUAUUAUAGAAAAAACAUCUCGUUCAAAUUUAUAUAAAAAAAUUGUAAACCUAUUACCCGAUACUGGUAUUACUCCAAAAUCACUUUCAAAUGCCUACACAACAAUUAGAACCAUUGAAAGAAAAAGAGAAAGAAAAUUAGAAGAAGCCGCCGCAAAUAAUGAAGAAAAGAACAAACCACAAUUAACAACAACAACAACAACAACAACCUCUAUGAUGCCUCCUGCUCCAUCAAGUAAUAAAGAUAGAAGUAGUGAUAGAAGUAAAGAUAGAGGUGAUAAAGAAAAAAGUGAAAGGGAUCAUCAUAGCAGUAGCCACCAUCGUAGUAGUGAUAGAAGCGAUAAAGAAAAGAGUGAUAGAAAAGAUCGAGAUUAUCAUAAAUCCUCAAGCUCAAGUCAUCAAGGCAGCGAUCAUCAUAAAUCCUCAAGCUCAAGCAGUGGUGAUAAAGAAAAAAGAAGAGAUAGAGAUAGAGAAAGAGAUAGAUCAGAUAGAGACAAAGAAAAAUCAAAAGAUAGAUCCGACAGAAAAAGUAGCAGCAGUAGUAGCAGCAGUAGUGGUACAAAAGAUUAUUCAAGUAGCUCAAGUAAAAAAGAACACAGCAGCAGCAGCAGUAAAGAAUCCGAAAAAGAUAGAGAAAGAAGAAAAGAAAGAGAACGUGAAAAGGAAAGGGAAAGAAGAAAAGAAAGAGAGCGUGAAAAAGAACGUGAAAAAGAUAAAGAUAAAGAUAAAAAGAUUAAAGAUGUUGAUCUCGAUAUUAUACAUGACAUGAAUUCAUAUAAAAAGAAAACAAGUAGCAGUAAUAGUAGUUCAUUAUCAUCACCCCCAACAAGCAGCUCAACAACUUCUACAUCAACUUCAAAUAUAAUUUAA